AUGUCUUAUAAGGAGCAAGAAAUUAAUUCUUUAACGACUUUAUCGACUUCUAAGUCAGACACUAUCUUACCUAGUACUAAGACAAGGACAAAGAAUCGAACCUAUAAAGAGAGUAAACAUAUAUUUCUUAAUAAACGGAUCAAUAAGCAGAAACCUCCUACUAGUAGUCUUACUAGAACGUACUCUAUACGAAAGAGUAAUAUCGAUAAUCCUAAUAUAGGAUAUAUCGAGAUCUUACCUAAGACUCGUUAUCCUAAGAUAUUGAAUAAGAUACAAUCGGAGUCACCCUAUACAGGCGACUAUAUUGAUAAGAGAGGGUACUAUACAAGGAAUAUUUAUAAUACAGCGCAAGGGGAACGCUAA